UAUCAGCAGCAUUCUCAGAGACACUUGUAGACAAUGGCUGUGUCUAAUGAAAUCUAUGAAAAUUUUGAGAUUGACUAUGAAGAAAAUGAGGCAACAGAUGGGAUUGAAGAUAUUUAUUCCAAUGUAGACAUUAUUCAUUCUCAGUACUCUGGAAAUAAGACAAAGGACCUCACCCCAAAGAGAAUACCACUGGCUACAUACCCAGGUUCUGAGAGCACAAAGUGGAAACCCACCAGAACUGGUGUCGUGUGUCUGGGACUGUUGACCUUCCUCCUAUUGGCUGGAAUCAUAGGCCUGUUAGUCUGCUACAUCAGAGUGACCCACAGUUUGAAGGAGAAAAUCUUCUUUUAUGAAACCAACUCCACGGCUGAACAAGACCAGUUCCAGGCUAGAUACAGUGCCAUGACUGAGGAGAGGGACCAGCUCCAGGCUGAACGAGACCAGGUCCAGGACAGAUACAGUGCCAUGACUGAGGAGAGGGACCAGCUCCAGGCUGAACGAGACCAGUCCCAGGCCAGACACAGUGCCAUGACUGAGGAGAGGGACCAGCUCCAGGCUGAGAGAGAACAUCUCAGGGCAAAUCUCUCUUUCAUUUCUCAACAAAUACAACAGGGUUGGGUGUAUUUCAGCUCCAGUUGGUACUUCAUCUCCACUGCAAAGAAAACCUGGGAGGACAGCAGACGGGACUGUGUGGGGAGAACCGCAGACCUGCUGGUCAUAAACAGCUUGGAGGAACAGGUCUUCAUCCACGGAUUGAAGAAGGAGGGAUUCUGGAUCGGUCUGACUGACAAAUAUCAAGAAGGAAAGUGGAUGUGGGUGGACGGUACAGAACUGACCACUGGGUUCUGGGAGAGCGGGCAGCCUAACAGUGAUGGCGGCAUUGAGGAGGAUUGUGUUGCGAAAUGGUUGAAACCAUCUUCCCAAAAGAAGAGUUGGCAUGAUGUAUCGUGCAAUGAAUUGCUCUUUUGGAUGUGUGAGAAAAUGCUUCAGCUGUGACUGAACUGUAAUCAGAAUGAUUCAGUACAACAUUUAUUCAUUUUUUUCCACAGACUGUUCUGCAAAUAGAUACUGAAGAGACAAGUCAAUUAAGGACAAAUUCAUAUUCGACAAGUCAAUAACAAAUUUGUUUUUGCAAAUUUGUUUUUUUCAUUACAGACCAGUGUGAUGUGACAAAUGCUGGUAUUAUCAGAGGAUUUUAACAUUACAGAUUUGGGUGACAUUCAUUUCUUGACAAAGAAAUACAAUGAUAUUUCCAAAAAAAGGGAAAUAAAUAGAUUGAGAGGCUUUGAACAUUUUGAUGUUGUAUGAUUAUCCUCAGAAGAUGUAACUUAUUUGUAGGGAGACCAACUGAUUUGGCAAAGCAAUUUCAAAUAGCUAGCUAAUGACAUCAUUACAAUUUGUUUGUUGAUCUUUUAGCUUGCAGCUCAAGUUUCAACAUAACCACUUCUGAGGUUAAUCUGGCUGUAUAGGAGUUCCUUUUCCUACUAUUAGUUUUGCCUCAUUUUGAAAUGUUUUCAAGCCAAGGAAAAUGAAUGAAUCUUACCUCUCUAAAGUUACAACCCUCUGGUGAUUCUGAAGGGAAUGUUGCUGUAGUCCAUAAAUAAGGCCAUAAUUGCAAAUUAAAAUGUGUUCAUAAUUGA